AUGUUGGACGUAGGACAUGAAAUGACCGUUUAUAUUGACGUUCUGUCCGCGCUCUUAAAACAAAUUCUCCAACGACGUCCAGAAUUAAAACUUAUUAUAACAACCUCUGCUUCUAUACUAUUGAGUGAAAACUGCGGUGACAAUUGUUGUACAAAUCCAUCUACAAGAAUCACUGGGAGAUAUUCUGUUGUUUUUAACGGAUGA